CGCCGCAUAUGGUAGAUAGAAAGCGUAUAAGGGAAAGCUGUGUGUUUUUCUGGGAGAAAUUUUUUUAAACCAAUUACAUUAUAUAUCUAUAAUAUGUAAUGGCAAAUAAAGAGAUUGUGGAAAAGGUCCUGAAGUUUAAACAGCGCCUGAAAGAAACCAGCGAUUCUCAAAAGGUAAUGAAAAUACUGAAGAGACUGAAGGAAUUGAAAAUCACACUCCGUAUCCUUGCGGACACUGGAAUUGGAAAAGCUGUUAAUGGAUUUCGGAAACAUGAAGUUGUUGGGGAUCUUGCCAAAGCAUUAGUCAAUCAUUGGAAGCAGAUGGUUCCUAAAAAUGAUAACUGUGUUGAUGUAAAAGAUGAAAAUACAAAGAAACCUUGUAAGAAGGAACAGCUGGUGCCACAGGACGGCAAUUCCAGAGCCUGUGGCGGUCCUCACAAUAAGGACAUUGCUUUGGCUGAAACCAAAAUGACAGAGACUAAAAGGAGUUUGAAGAGCACAAAAGAGAAUGAAGGUUUGAAAAAAGUUCAGUCUAAAAAAAAAUUGGCAGACCAUAAACUCCAGGAUCACGAUUCUAGAAGGGCUGAGCAACUUCAACAAGGAAAUACAAAGGAAGACCAUGUUCAUGGCCAUGUAAACCAGAAGUCUAUUUCCAUCCAGGAAAAAGAAGAUACUAGGAGCUGUGACCAUGAAAAUUAUGAAAAGGGUAAUAAAUCUAAGCACAAAGUGAAAUCCAAAGUGCCCCCAUACUGUUCUAAAGUAAAUGCUAAUUCAGUCUCAUCAAGAGAGAGCGAAACAAAGCAAAUAACAGAAGUGUGUCCUGGCAGUAGCAAACCAAAUAACCGAUUAGGAAAACAAGCGGCAUUUGAUUUGAAAAAUCAGAAGAAUACAAAAGCUGAAAAAAUUAAAGAUUCACUAUCGGAGAGAACAGUAGUGAAAAAAAGUCAUGAUGAGUUUGAGGUGCCUACAAUGUCUUUCGAGUCAUAUUUAACCUAUGAUCAGAAUUCAGUUCCACAAAAGCGAAGAAAACGAACAUCGGUUACAAAAAAAUGUGAGAGAAUGCAUAAAUCUUGUGUCAAUAAAUCAUGUCCAACUGGGACGGAAGAUGGUGAGAAACAGACCCUGCCUGAAAAAGAGCUUUGUGAACGGUCUCCUAAAAAGAUUAAGCCUGGGUCACUAAUGGAUUUGUUAAAUAUUCCUUUACCAACUUUCCUGCCAGACUGUUCAGUAACCUCUCCACCUCAUCUAGAGAAAUUGCCAGAGGCAGCUCCACGCAUUGCUGAAGUACCUCCUGUGUUUACAGGACAGAGACUAAAUUCUAAAAUGCAGGUUUACUCUGGUGCAAAGACCACCUUUUUGUCAAGUAUGAUGACUUUGUAUCAACAAUGUAUACGUGUGCUUCAAAAUAACAUUGAUUCACUCAGUGAGACAGGAGGAGUGCCCUUUGAAAUCCUUGAGCCAGUGCUUGACCGUUGUACACCACAACAGUUAUACAGAAUUGAAGAAUACAACCCUGUUUAUAUUGGUGAAACUGAUGAUUUAUGGAUGAAGCACUGUCAAAAAGAAUUCAAAAAUUUUCAGCUUGAUGAAUAUGAAUCCUGGAGAGAAAUGUAUUUAAGGCUGCUAGCAGAAAGAGAGCAAAAGUUUAAGUUUCUGACAAAAACCAUUGCUUCUGCCCAUUCUGGAAAGCCACAAGGUAGAAAGGUGAAACUGGCUUUUGUUAAUUCUAUUGCCAAACCACCCAGGGAGGUACGUCGGCAACAGGAAAUCCGUGGCACUGCAGGGUCACUACAUCCACAGCAGUCUCUUGAGAGACAAAGAUCUUCAGAAAAUAAAGGAAAAUGUAACUCCUAUGAAUCACAGAAGUUCAGUAAGGACCAUGUCAGCCCACCAAAUACAAGGGCAAGUCAGGAUCCAAAGAAGUUUGUUAGGAAAAUUGCACCAAUGAUGGCAAAGUCUUUAAGAGCCUUCAGGAGCAGAGUUGGGCGACGGUAGUUUAAAAGCAGAAAUUUGUCAUCCUGUUCAAUCAACACACCGAGCCUGUAUCGGAAUAUUCCAGUAAUGUUCAAUUAUUGAUAUUCGAGGGGGUUUGAACCAUUUGUUGUACAAAUCCAUCUAGAAGUUCUGCAUGUAUUCUGAAUAUUUAACUUUUAAAGAAUCCAAAAAUCUGCCAAGAAGGUGACUGAUUUUUCAGCUUGUAGUUUUUGUAGUAGCUCAGUGCAGUAUUUGCCAAAUGCCAGCGUUCUGAUUUUUGUUUUCCUCUUUUUGCUUGUUACUGUUGUGUAAAUUCAAUUAAACUUGUUUUUGCUGGCAAAAGGCCAUGCAAAUAAACAUU